AGUCAGCUUGGAGGAAGAGGCAGCCUCUUGGCUGGAAGGAGAUGGCGAGGCCGGGCUCUGUAAGGCACAAGGUACUGUCAUCAGGAAGGUUGACAGGAUCAGCUAAAUUAACAAGCGGAGGAAAACAGAAUGCUUUAAGAAAAGUGGCACGUCCUGAUGCUGAUUUUGGCUACUCCCUGUAUUCCACAGAUUCUGAAGAUCAGGUUGCAACCAUUCAUCAUGGCCUGGAUCGCUGUGCAUCUUUACUAAAGGACAUUUUGCAAAAUGAAUCUGAAGGGAUGGAGAACCUCUGUCAAAAGGCAGGAAAAGCAGCUUUUGUCAGAACAGCUUCAAGACCUUUACUCAGUAAAGUCAAUGGUUCAAAGAAGAGGGGUCAAAAGAAAAAAAUUAUUUCCGCAAAUGUGCGUAAAGGAAUGGUGCCUAUGCCAAAUAAGCCAGCAUCAGUGAAUGCUGCAGUUGUUGAAAAAGACACAACCCCUGUAAGCACAGGGCAACCUGCUCCUCUUCAACCAAUUCAUAUACCUUGCACUCAGCACUCUCCUGUAAUGCAUCAGAAACUGUGUGAGCAUGUGCAAACCCAGAUGUCUCUGCUAAACACCCAAUCGCUGCAGAAAUCCAGUGGCAUUCCUGAAGUUCCAUGUUCCAUCAUUCCUGAACACACAACAUAUCAGCCUGUAACGGCAUUCAACUCCCGUUUGCCUACCUCUACACCAGCUCUGUCCCCACAAUCUGCAGCUAAUCCUUCGGUUGUUCAGCCUGGUGCUGUCAUUGAGAGCUGCAGUCAGUGUGCAUCACAAAUGGGACUUCUCUUGCCAGAAGGCCCCAGUGGCUCCACUUCCGCUGCCCAAGUGCAGACUGUUGCUUCAUGUUCUGCCCUGCCCCAUGUGAUUCAAUCUGUUCCAAACAAUCCUACGCCACCCACAGUACUUGCUCCACCUAGUACCAGAGAAACUGUGCCAGACCAAGGAAACCACGAGCAGCAGAUUAAAGAGGCAGACCUAAUAAGGUGUAUUCAAGCACAUCUUGCUCUGUUGCAAGCACAUGAAAAGGAGAAUGGGAAGGUUGAUGGAAAGUACCAAGAUGUUGACCCAAUUCAGUCCAAUCCCUUGAGUUCUAGAGAAGAAACGGCUGAAGAAUAUAGUGAGAGCACUCUUAGUGAAGAGGAACACUUGGAUAGAGUUGAUAUGGCACCAGUGAGAGAUACAAGCUGUCAGACAAGCUUUGACAAUGACAUUUUAAAACCUAAAAAGACAAGCCUUCAAAAAACAGCUCAGAAAGUGAAAACCGUGAACUAUCUUUUGGGAGAGCUUAAGGCCUUGCUCACUGAUCAGGAUGAUUCAGAAAUUUUGAGACUGCUAGGUGAAGUGGAAGGCACAGUAUCACUCUUGCCUGCAGUUGUUGGAAAUGCAAAUGUACAAGCUGAAAUAGCACUUGCUGUUCAACCUCUCAGAAGUGAAAAUGCCCAGUUGCGCAGACGAUUAAGAAUAUUGAAUCAACAGCUGAAGAACCAAGAGAGAGCAGAAAAAGAAUGCAACCUGGAUAGCAACUAUGAAUUCUCGCUCCAGUCUUUGAAUGUUACAUUGCAGAGUCAGUUGAAUGAAUAUAUGAAAAGCAAUGAGUUGCUGCGAAAUAAAAAUGAAGAUAUCAUAAAAAUGUUAGAAAGCCAGAAAGAGGAAAAUAGAAGGCUGACCAGAAUAAUUCACGAGAGAGACCAAGAGCUUCUUGAAAAGCAACAGCAGUAUGAUAUUUUCUCAACAAAGCUCAAAAUUGAAGCAGAUGAUAUAUUGAACAGCACGAAGAGCUUGCAGUACAAGUUGGAAGUCGCUGAGAAAGAAAACCAGAUCUUAGGCAUAACAUUGCGUCAGAAAGAUGCAGAAGUGAAUAGAUUGCAUGAAUUGACUCGGGCUCUGCAGGGCAGUAUGUCCAAACUUCUCUCGGACCUCACUGUGGACACUGCCAAACCAAAACAGGAAAGAAGUCUGUCAAAAGAGCUCUUGGAAAUUCAUGAAAAACAGCUGCAGGCUGACACAUACCCUCUAAGUGAUUCUGUAAUGAGCUACCUUAAAAAGUUAGAAACCAGUCCUAUUCUGGCAGAGCCUGUCUUACCAAAAAGCGAGAUGAAGAUACCAGGUCAAGCAUAUGACAUGAGGGCAACUGAAGACCCUCCUCAAAACAGCCCUGUUGCAGGGCAAAUAGUGGCUCCAAAAAGCUUUGCCUUUCUAAAGCCUGAAGUUGAAGCAGCCAGCAAUUCAAGUACUUUGGUAGAAGGGCAUGGGCCGGAUGAGACUAUUUACAUUCCAUUGAGUAGCAGUCCAUCUCAGAAACCAGCUGCAGCAGCUGAAAGGACAACAGAUACACAGUGUCAAGUUUCCCCAAAACGGGACUGUAACUUUGGGUUGGCCAAUUCCAAGCAGCCAAUUAGGUUUGGGAUGCCGGGCAACAAUGCAAAGGCCGUUGAUAAAUUGUAUGGUAGCCUUAGUCCAAAAAAGACUGCGGAAAAUAAGUCUGAAAGUAAGGGGAAGACAGCAAAGCUGGAGGGAGACAGACGUCAAAUGCAGCCAAAAGAAAUAACAAAUGAAGCUGCUAAAAUGAUUUCGGACGACCCAGAUGGACUUCAGCCUGAUAAAUUCUUUUAUGCUUCUAUUCCACAUCAGAAAGGAAACACACAGAAAAAAGGCCCUGGUAUUUCUGUUCCUGACUCCAGUUUCUCAACUUUUGACUGGAUGUCUGGAAAAUCUGAAUGGACUAUAUCUUCCUUUUCAACAUUCACUUCUAGAGAUGAAGAAGACUUCAAAAAUGGUCUAGCAGCCUUGGAUGCUAACAUAGCUAGACUGCAAAAGACUUUGCAGAAUAGUUUGGAAAAAACAGCAAGUCGUUAAUGCACUAUUUCAGAAGAAACUACAGAAAUGCUUUCCAUGAAAUCUGGUUAUUUUAUAGCAUGUUUGUACUUGUAUAACUUUUGAAUUGUUGCUAUAACACUUUUUUUACUGACAAGAUGAAGAGCUGUUUUACUGGCAAAAAUUUAUUCAUUACAUAAAUGAAGAUUAA